ACUCUAUAGUGAAUACAAUCCGCUCCAAAUCGAAUGAACCUAAUCCAAUUGUUGACGUAUAGAUGUCGCUGUUCAAUCGGUACUUCAUCGAAAAACACGCAUACAUUCAUGCAAAACUCGUGUUUGUACACGACGCGUACGUAUUACAACUUGCAUAGAUUGAAUCAUCGACGGUGCUUUGACAGUUGUGUGAACAUGUGCGUUUCAAAAUAGUAAUCAACGAAUUGAUUCAUUUCGGCGGCACGAGAAAAAAAAUCAACAACAAAACAGAGUUUAACAAAGAAAAAAAUUUGUCAACAAAUCGAAAAUAAAAUCAAUCGUUGGGUGUGAACGGAAAAAAAAUGAGUGCAGAAAAUGUGUACACGUCGAUUGCAUGCAAUCGAACGCCACAAUCAGCUGAUUGGGGUAAAAGUGGACAAGUGAUUUUUGCGGCUUGCAAUUCGGUCGCACUUUUCGAUCCGAAUUUCAAUGGAUCGGCCAAAAUACGGCGAACAUUUGUUGAGCACACGGCCAAAGUGAACACAGUCAAAUGGAUAUCGGAGUAUGAAUUUUUGUCGGGCGCCUAUGACAAGCUGUGCAUUUUAUGGAAUAUCGAAAAUCCAAAUGCGCCGAAAAUGUGGAAAUUGGUCGGACAUGAAGCCGGUGUAACAUUUGUCGAUGCAAUUCGCGUCAAUAAUCAAUGGUUAAUUGUAACCACAUCGCUCGAUUCAACCAUAAAAUUUUGGUCAUUCUCCGCCGAUAAAAAUGAAUACGAAGUCUUUGACACGAUCAAUUUGGGAUCCGGUUUUUGUUUUGCUUUGAAAUUUGCCAUUUUACCAAAUACCAAAGAUAAGGUGCUGUUGGCUUUCUCCACCGAUCAACACAAUAUUCACUUGGUAUGCGAGCAGACGGUCGAUGGCAAACGGAAAUUUGUUAAAGUCGAUACAUUGGUGGGCCAUGAGGAUUGGGUACGUGGUUUGGAUAUUAUCACAUUGAACAAUUCGGAGUUAUUGGUGGCUUCAUCGGCACAAGAUACAUUCAUUCGGCUGUGGCGCAUUUCGGCACGUCAAAUCAUCGAACCGGUCAUUCAACGGAAAAAAGCUAGUAUUUUUACAACGAAUGAUGACAUUCAAAUUGAAGAGAGACUUUUUACGGUGAAAACGGAAACGGGGAAGUCACUGAGCUAUGCCGUGACAUUGGAGUCGGUGUUGUUGGGCCAUGAUGGAUGGGUUUACAGUGUACAUUGGUCAAAAUCAGCCGAUAAUCGCUUGCAACUACUAUCCAGCUCUAUCGAUAAGACACUCAUCAUUUGGGCCAUGCAAGAUGAUACGGGCGUUUGGAUGGAAAAAGUUCGCGUUGGUGAAGUUGGCGGUAACACACUCGGAUUUUAUGGCGGAAAAUUCUCACCAGACGCAAAGUCGAUCAUUGGACAUGGGUAUCAGGGUAGCUUUCACAUUUGGCAUCAAAGCGACAAUGAAAAUGUUUGGGUACCGGGCAUCAAUGUUGGCGGACACUUUUCUGAAGUGCGAGAUUUAUGCUGGAAUCCACUCGGUGAAUUCGUGUUGACCGUGUCAGCCGACCAAACCACACGAUGCCAUGCACCAUGGCAACGGAACGGCAAUGAAGUUACGACGUGGCAUGAAAUAGCCCGGCCUCAAAUACACGGCUACGAUAUGCAAACCAUUUGUUCGUUAGCACGAUUUAAGUUCGCCAGUGGCGCAGAAGAGAAAAUCGUUCGAACUUUCCAAGCGCCAGUCAAUUUUAUUGAAAAUUUCAAAAAGUUAAGCAGCAUUGAGAGCUCGGAACUUGAUGAAAUUAUCGAAUCUACGCCCAAAGGAGCAUCAGUUCCAUCAUUAGGACUUUCGAAUAAAGCCGUUUUCGAUGAAUCAAUACCAGUUGCUGCUGAGCAUCGUCACAUCAAAGACCAGUACCCAGACAAUUAUUUCGUUCCAGUUUCGAUGGAUUGCCCACCAACCGAGGAGACUCUAGUGCAAAAUACACUUUGGCCAGAGGUGCAAAAGUUGUACGGACAUGGUUAUGAGGUGUUUGCAUUGACUGCAACCAAUGACGGAAAGAUAUUGGCAUCGAGUUGUCGGGCAACGAAUGAAGAGCAUGCUCAAAUUAUCUUGUGGGACACGUCAACAUGGAAGCAAAUCCAAAAGCUACCAUCACAUCAGCUCACCGUAACACAGUUAAGAUUUUCACCAAAUAAUCGAUGGCUGUUGUCUGUGAGCCGAGAUCGAAGAUGGACACUAUUUGAGAAUGACAGUUCCAAUGCCGAAGAUGUCGUUUGUAAUUUCAAAUUGAUUGCAACCACUGACAAAAAGAAUGGCAUUCAUAGUCGUAUCAUUUGGACAUGUGAUUGGACACACGAUAGCAAGUUCUUUGCUACCGGGUCACGAGAUGGAAAAGUGGUUGCGUGGCAACAGACAGACAAUGAUUCCGGUACUAGUUUAAAGAACUAUAGUGCAUUAGCAACAAUGGAACUGGCCAAAACAGACUCAGUGACGGCUGUGGCAUUCGCCUCAUGUCUCGCACCAAAUAACUGUGAUUACGUGGCGGGGAUUGGACUCGAAAAUGGCCACAUUCAUAUCUGCACACUUAACACAAACUGGAACACCCUGUUUACGAUCGAUCAAACACAUGCUCAUCAUUUAACGGUGAAAAAGUUGCAAUUCCGACCGUCGGAAGAGAAUCCAUACCACUUGGCCAGCUGUGGCUUGGAUCACAUCACUCGAAUCUAUCAGCUUAAGUUGGACUAAGGCUUGUCUUACUUAGUCGGUGUGAAACCCACGUUCUGAAUAUUCAAGAAAUAUUUUUAAAUUAAAUUGUAAAUAAAACGCACAUAACAAUUGUCA